AUGCCGCGAUAUUCUCCAUUACCCACAAACCUCCGACGGUCUCACUCGGUCAAUAGUGUUGCCACGUCCGAUUCUACGUAUCAUAGCUUCCAUGAUAUUGAAUUGUAUGAGCCUUCGGUGGCGUCUCCCUCUGCAGGAAGACGCAUGCUUUCAUGCAAAGAGGACAAGUUCGAGUUUAAACCAAUACUGCGCCAUGACUCGGGUUAUGAGUCCAUACACCCCAAGACAAGGGCCGGGUCUACUACAUCAUCUCAUCCGCGACGCAAUUCUACUAUAUCCACCACUUCCUCCCAUUCCCGCCUCCAUUCCCAUUCCCAUUCCCGGACGCGGCCAUCCAUACGUCGUGCGGCAAAGUCCAGUCCAAACAUACCCCUAAAGCAGCUUGGCGCACAACCUAUGCACUCGACGAAUUCGCAGCAGCCAACCACGUACUACUACUUUCCGCCGCCGGAAUCACUCUCCGGAAGCCAUGGUGAGGAUGAGGAUGAGGAGCACGAUACCGAGCCUUCGUAUCCCCCUCCACCGCAGACUACGCAUUACUGGACGAGUGACCACACCCGGCGCCUCGAAUACGCUGCUAUCGACGCAGCGAGCCGAGGUGUCAAAGGUUGGUUCAUGAAGCACGUAGUACCAGACUGCUUCGUCCCAAAGGCGAGCCGACGGGUCGGGUUUGACGAUGACUCAGGUAGUGUCAGGCGGUAUCGAUUAGAACUCGACUGUGAUGAGGCUGGAGAGAAGAAUGCGAACGGAGGCAAGAAAAUGGGUUGGCUUCUGGGCCGAUAA